AUGCCGACGCCGCGGGAGGCUCUGCUGGCCACGCUCGGCGAGGCGGGCGUCGCCACGCUAGACGAAGCUGGCGUCGGCGAGUACAUAGAGGAGCUGCUGGCUGACGCGUCCUCCGGGGAGGCAGACGAGGACGUCGCCGGCGCGGUUGGCCCGCUGCUGGUCGAUGUCGGAGUGGCUGCAGACGAGGCGGCGGCCGAGCCGUUGUGCGCAGCGCUGCUGGCGGCGCUGAGCGGCACGUCUGAAGCCGCCGCCGCCGCUCCGGCUCCCGCUCCGGAGCUGCGCACGCUCGGCGCCGCCGUCAACAUGCUGGCGCUGGUGACGGCGGACGAGGAGCAGGCUGUGGCCGAGGUCGCCAAGGACAUGGGUCCGGAGGACGAGAGCGAGGAGGCGGUCGCCCGCCGCUUCAAGCAGGCGCGGAGGGCGGAGAAGCAGCUCAAGCGGGCCGCCCGCCGCGAGAAGGCGAUCAACAUGCAGCGCGAGGAGUUCAUGCGGGAGCUGACCCGCGAGCCGGUCGUGCUGCACUGGCGCGGCGGGGGAGGGGGCUCGAACGGCGUCGGCAAGACGACGUUUCUCAAGUUCCUGUCGGCGCACCGCUUCGACGGCGUGCCCGCGCACCUGCAGAUCCUGCACAUCGAGCAGGAGGUGCCGUCGGGCGAGGCGACCGUCCUCGAGACGGUGCUGGCGACCGACGAGGGCGAGGCGGAUGCCGACGACGCGGCGGACGAGGCAGAGAGGGUGGCGCGGCUGGGCGAGGUGAUCGAGCGGCUCGAGGAGAUCGACUCGGCCUCGGCGCCCGGCCGCGCGGGGGCGAUCCUGGCCGGGCUAGGCUUCGACGCGGAGAUGCAGGCACGGCCGACCGGCUCCUUCUCCGGCGGGUGGAGAAUGCGCGUCGCCCUCGCCCGCGCGCUCUUCGUCGCGCCGGACGUGCUGCUGCUCGACGAGCCGACCAACCACCUCGACUUGCACGCCGUGCUCUGGCUCGAGACGUACCUGCAGGGCUGGGACAAGACGCUCGUCGUCGUGUCGCACGCGCGCUCCUUCCUCAACCGCGUGGUCAGCGACAUCCUCCACUUCUCGGGCGACAAGAAGAUCGUGCGGUACAAGGGCGACUACGACAAGUUCGAGAUCAGCCGCGCCGAGGCGCUGCGCGCCAACGAGGCGAGGCGCGAGGCGCAGGACAAGGCGCGGCAGCACAUGCAGUCCUUCAUCAACAAGUUCCGCGCCUCGGCCAACCGCGCCGCCAUGGUGCAGUCUCGCAUCAAGGCGAUGAACCGGAUGGAGUGCGUGGCCGAGAUCCUCGAGGACCCGUCCCUUCGCUUCGCCUUCCCUCCCCCCGAGCCGAUCUCGUCGCCUGUCCUGCAAGUGGUGGACGUCGCGUUCAGCUACCCCGGCAAGCCGGCCCUUUUCUCGCGCGUCAACCUCGGCCUCGACAUGAGCUCGCGCGUCGCCCUCGUCGGGCCAAACGGCAUCGGCAAGUCGACGCUCCUCAAGGUCAUCAUCGGCGACCUCGAGCCGAGCCGCGGCAGCGUCACCCGCGCCGCGCGGCUGCGCAUGGGCCGAUUCAGCCAGCACCACGUCGACCAGCUCGACCUCUCCCUCACCGCGCUCGAGGCGUUCCAGAGGCAGUUCCCCGCCGCCAAGCCGCUCGAGAUCCGGGCCCACCUCGGAUCGAUGGGCCUCGGCGGCAACACGGCGCUCCAAAAGAUGUCGACCCUGUCUGGCGGCCAAAAGUCGAGGGUCGCCUUUGCGCAGAUCAUG